GCAAGUGUCAAAUCAGAUAGCUGCAGCUGAAACUCUCAGUGUGCCAUGGUCCUUUUUCCAAGCUGGUGUCUUUCGAGCCUUCCCUUGCUGGCCACCGGGCGGUCAAUUUGGUCAGUGGGCAAGCCACAAGGUAGCGUGGAGGUGCUCGAGGAGCUUCCCUUGCCAGAAGAAUUCUUCAAGAAGUACAUCCAAGACAAGGGUGGAGAGUUUGAGGGCUAUGGAAAGCCCGUCUUGAUGCCCAAGGCUGCCACAAGGAUGCCAGCCUUCAGCAAGUGGUCCGAUGCCUACCUCUUGGAGAACUAUGGGGAUACGCGCUUGGACCAAGUAGAGACUGAAAAGAAGGAAACCAGGACGAAAUAUCCUCAUGAAGAUUGGACCUUGAAGAAGUUCUUAAGCAAAUACAACACGUCCGUUUUGUACUCCACAGCCACCACACCACCAAAUUUGGGCCGCGAGGUGUACCUGCUUCCAGUGAUGAACUGUGGUGGCUAUUCACGAAAGUUGGCUGCCACAGUACUGUGGAUGAGCAGCGGAGGCACCAAGUCCGUGAUUCAUCAAGAUGGACAGGACAACAUCCACUGUCAGUUUGAUGGACAGAAGGAUUGGAUCCUGUGGGAGUCAUCUGCGCCGAUCCGGAAGACGGAGAUGGGCUGGGUAUGGGCUGAAAACGAAGCCGAACAGGAUCCAUCGUUCAAGGAUGCGUAUGGGCAAUAUGCCGGCAGGCUCGAUGUUGACAAUGUGGAUGUCGAAGCGUAUCCGGGAUGGGAGAAACUCAGGUGGUGGAACAUGACCAUGAAAGCUGGGGACUGUGCAUUUAUUCCGAGGCACUGGUUUCACUUCGUCCAGUCACCUCCCAUGCGAAGCAUCAGUAUCCACGUUUGGUUCCAUGGGGAGAAAUUUGACCCCAGAAGCUGCGAGGCUUUGACGGCCAAAGGCUUUGAUCUCUCCAACUUCUUGCUCAGUAUAGGGGACUGCACCUUCGGCUAUGAGCAUGGAAAGAAAGGCUCAGCUACCAAGUGCAAGAUGUCGAAGAAGAAAGCUGUAGCUUCAGAGCUGUAGCCCCUGAAGUGAAAAAGGGACGUGGACGAAGGCGAGC